CGCCGGUCAAGUUCAUUCCUGCGCAGCACGUCGUUCUCGGCAGAAGUUCGCUUCCCGGCCCAGACGGAGGAGCAGCGCCCGAGAAUGAGUCGCCACACUUCCUGGAUCAGCGGCGGCGAUGCACUGUAGCUGCUCUCCCUUCCCCUGGUGGAGCCUGCUACUCCUUGCGACCGCCGCGGCCACCUGUCCCCUGCUCGGGGACGGCGUGACCGACGCCCCUACCAAGGCCUACCUCGCUCCCAUCGUCUUCCACGGCCGGCUGGUAGCCCUGGCACGGCGAGGGCCCGCUCAGCAGGCCACCUUCCUCGUCGACAAGGUGUUCAAGAGCCCGCAGGCGCUCGCCAAGAGCGUCGUCGUGGAGUUCGCCUACCGCAAGAACUCCAGCAAGUGCAGGGGCGCACCCUACACCGAGGGAGAGCUGCAGCUGGCCAACAGGUACGUGGUGUUUGCGGCCCGCAGGAGGCAGUACAGGAGCAAGAUGAUCGCCGUGACACAGCCUGAGCCCUACUCCAAGAGGAAAGCCGUCUCCAGAGUACUGUGCGCGAACUGUGCGAAAGCGCCGUCCAUUAGAGGUUUGAAUGAUGUGAAAGUAGACAUUUUUUCAAAAUUAAAACUGAAAUGCAGAAUCUCAGGGAAUCCACCGCCGAAAGUAGUGUGGUUUAAAAAUGGGCUCAAGUUGAAAGCCGAUGGUAGAAUAAAAUUAAGGUCCAAAAGGAGAUACUCACAUUUAAUUAUAAACCGAGUGAGCUUAGAUGACGCAGGACAUUAUAAAUGCAUUGCAAAGAAUAUACUAGGGAAUGCAACAGCGUUUGCAAAUGUCAUUGCCGCUACUACAACAACAGAAUCUCCAUUUUGGCAACUAAGGAAAGAUCCAUGUCCACGUAGAAAUUUUUGUUUGAAUGGCGGUGUGUGCAUCUAUUUUGCAGUAGUCAAGGAAUAUGCAUGCGAAUGCGCCGAUGGAUACGGAGGUCAAAGAUGCGAAACAAAAGUCAUAUCCACUUUGAGUAUUGACUUUCAAGGAGAGUGAACAUCUGCUGGUCAGAUACGGGCAGAAAUAUGAGCUGGUUCUCAUGUUUUCAUGUACAUAGUCACAUCGUAUUUUAUUACGCAUUGAUGAGGUUAAGUUAAAACCAGCUAAAGGCAAGGGAUUGGCAGGCAGCUAAGCAGUGCGUGGAACUAAUGACUCACAAACGACACUGGUGCCUUCAUGCAAAAUUAGAAUUUUUCUUACUCAGAGAACAAAUCUUUGUCUGUGCUGUUAAAUUAUUUUUGACUGUUCAUGCGUGGCUUUGCGAAAUAUUAGAUUUCUCAUGCACUCUUUCAUUUCAACACAUCUGGACUCGCUCGUCUGAUUGGACAAAACUGGAACUAGACCUACAGGAAUUUGAUCGAUGUGUGACUUUCAUCAACUAGAAAAAAAAGUUUGUGCAUAUUGUAACAGAAGAUACACAUUCUAUGGAAUAAGUUCUCUGAAGGAUUCAUGGACUGAUAGUUGCUGGAAUUGAGAAUCAUCAACUUCAAAAGCAACUUCAUCAACUUCAAAAUCAUUCACAAUGCUUUUCAGCAAAAAUGAUUGACUAAUGAAAUUAUCAUACAGUGAAAAGGUUGUUUUUCUUUUUUUUUUUAGUUCAUGUAUAAUUAAUGGUGUAUGCAUUAGUCAUUCAUGUGACCUUCACACUUUUGUAUAAACUAACAAAAUGUAUUAGUAAGAUAGUUAUAACUUUGCAUUUGUGCCAGAAAAAUUAAACUUUAUUCAUAUGAAAAUUUCGACCAGAAUGAACUGAUGAAUAAAGUGA